CAAAACAAAUCGUUGAUGAUUUAUUAUUAUUAUCAUUCGAUCCAGUACUCGAUGCUAUAGCAAAAUUGAUUAACGAAAUUGUUGGUAUCUAUGAGAAAUCAGAAUUUAGCAAACAUAUGUGUUCAAGCUUAGUAGAUCAAGUAUUAAUGGCAGAAUGUGAAAUGAAAAGGUUAAGACUAAUUAAAAAGCAAUAUGAAGGAAAUUUUCAAGAACAAAAAUAUUAUUAUUCACUUCAAAAAUUUAAACUAUACUAG